AUUCCUGCAUAUAAAAAAUCGGCAUUUUGUGAUUGAGAAGAGGAAGAAGGUGCAGACCAUUUGUCAAAUAAAAAAUCCAUCACACUACCGGCGCUCCGCCCGGAACUGGGACGCAGAUGGACUAGAAGAGCCAGAAGAGAAAGCUGUCUGCAUUGAGCUUUUCCAGUCACCUAUCAAACGCAAAGCAAACUUUUUUUUUUUUUUUAACACACGUAGCAGUGAUCAACAUCUCGUUGCCAGCAAUUACGAAUUGGAGCAACAAACACAUCAGCAAUAAAAAUGGAAGGAAGCAACGAAGCUCCACAUGACAUCGAAAACCCAUACAUUCCGUUAGCAAAAUCAAUGAAUCGGGAGUUGGAUGUUUUGGCUCCCUUGUCGUCUUCGUGUUGUAUCUACAGAGUUCCUGAACGACUGCGGCGUGUAAGUGAAAAGGCCUACACACCUCAAGUAGUCUCUAUAGGUCCUCUUCACCAUGGAAAGGAAGGCCUACAAGCCAUGGAAGAGCACAAAAAGAGGUACCUACGAGAUUUUAUACGCAGAACCAGGGUCGGCUUGGAGCACUAUAUAAAGAAAAUAAAGGACCAAGAGGGCAAGAUACGCAGUUGUUACGCAGAAACUAUCGAGUUUAGCAGUGACGACUUUGUAAGAAUUGUUCUAGUGGAUGCAGCAUUCAUUAUUGAGGUCUUGUUGAGGCACCGUUUCCAUGAAUUGCAGGACGAGAAUGAUCGUAUAUUUAACAAACCAUGGAUGCUGCAGGACGUAUGGCCUGACAUACGGCUGCUUGAAAAUCAGUUGCCAUUCUUCGUUCUUGAGGAUCUUUUUGACCCAGAUAAAAUCGAUGUACCUUCUGAUAGUAACUGUACUGAGAGGCUUUCGAUAAUCAAACUUUCUCACGUAUUCUUCAAAGAUCUUGAAGGAGCGGAUGGAAAUUUGGAUAAAAUGUGUGCUUAUAAAGCAGAAACAUUUUGUCGAUUUUUUGUAGAAAAUUAUAUCUACCGCUACCACUAG